AUGCUUUUCACGAAUGCGGAAUUCGCCGCACCUAGUGCGCCUAGCACGUUCACUAUGUCUGGCCGAAUCCCCACCCCAUCGUCCGGCAUGCCCACCGCCAGCAGCUCCACCACCACCACCACCACCACCACCACCACCACCACCACCACCACCACCACCACCACCACCACCACCACCACCACCACCAUCGACAUCAAUUCUGACACUCCCGAUUAG